GAAUUUUACGAUCGGGGAAUAAGAGAUGAAGAAGAUAUCCCAGAUAAUGUGGAAGUUCAAGAUGAUGAGUAUAGGGAAGAAAUAGUAGAUACUUGUGAGUCAAACGAUGCUGGAACAAGCAAUAAUAUAAAUGAAUUAGACAACAUCAGCAUGCCUGGAUCUGAUCAUGCUCCAACUUCACCCCAUGAAGCAUUUCGUAAAAUAGCAGCUGAAAAUAUACAAAAAAGUGUUGAGCGAAUGAGAACAAUUGUGGAAAAAAGAAAAUGGCAGAUAAUGUUCUCAGUUGGAGAGUUGGUACGCGUCAAUAUUCCUCGAAUAGACAGAGCAGGAAUUGAUAGGAGGUCACUUCCAUGUAAAGUUCUGGAAACUCUCGAUGGGGGUUAUUACCGUCUUGGCUGUGUUUUUGGGGUGCUAGAUAGGUGUUAUUUAGCAGGUGAAAUGGAAACCGUGAGUGCAGAGUUUCCAGAACUUGAAAAGAUUCCUGAGACUCGAAUAUCACUUACGGCGGCUUCCCGAUUACAGAGUUCUGCUGCUGCUGUCAAUGCCCUAUGCCAUUGCAAGUCCGGUUGUGCAACUAGCAG